GUUCUUUGUGUAGUCGAAAACUAUAAAAUGUUAUAUAUUAGUGGUUAUUGAUUUUGUUAUGCUUUGAUGACAUAAUUGAUAAAGGAAUGUUGAAAAUUAAGUUGAUAAAUUUCAAGAGACUUAGUAUGGAAGAGUUAUUUCUUAAUCGCAUAUUAAACUCUGUGGAAAGCCUACGGAAUGAGUAUCGGGAGGUGAAGGAUAGUGUACGGCUUAUAAUGGGUUAUUUGCAGACAUUAAUUGAUCUUAGGAAACGUAGAGAUGAUGAGCGAAGAAUGUAUGAAUGUGAAAUGGUUACAAGAUUUGGCAGCAAUUGUGAUGAUGCAAAACUCAUGAACCAAAUGAUCAAUGAUGAAGAGAAAGGGGUUGAUUUGGAGAUCCAGCGAGUUCGUUUCGUCGAAGGGGGUAAUAAGUAUGAAAUUAAGUUUUUAGAUAUCCAUGGUGGUGAAGUACCGAAGCGUAAAAGUCAAUCUGAGGAGUUGAAUCACCCAACUUCUUCUUCUGGUUUGAGUGGUAUUAAAUUUGGUUCUGGAAGUUCUACUAAUUUAUGUAAGAAAAAUGAAAAGGUUAUACGUAGGACGGAGGGUAGUUGUGGGGGAAUGAAGAGGGGAAAAUUUGACGAUAAUGUUUUUAAGAUGUCAUCCUAAUUUGGAGAAACUCUAUUGGAGCGUGAGAUGACGAUGAAAAAGGCUAGAGUAGGUACGAUAAAGCCAAUGACAUUAUUUACAGACCUUAAGGGAACAAGCCAUCGUUGGACAGGUAAAUUAGGUGGUAGUUCCCAUAUUGGAAAGGGUGAGAGUAGUUCUCAGUCAUUGCCACUUAGCUCUGCACUAUUGAAGGGUGAUGUUCAGAUGAAAAUGAUUGGUCCGUUUAAUGCAAGUGCCCCGAUACUUGACGAUCCUGAUAUUGCGCCACUGGUUGAAUUUAUUUUUGACCCAGUUGUGCCUGAUGAAAGAUUGGUGGAGACGGAUUUUGAUUUCCUCAAUAGGGAUUUGAUUAGAAGCUUGGGUCCGGGUGUUGAAUGUUGUUUUCAAGGUGAACACGCGUACAGCUCUACUAGUGUUAGUAGAAGAUGGAAGAGCUUGGUAUCUGGAAUUAGCAUUGAUAGUUUAUUUCCAGACAAUGGUCAUGAUGAUUCUACGCGGAAGUUUUACUUUGGUGAUUUGAAGAAAUGUCUGCAUAUUUUUAUUCCAAUCAACAAUGAAAAAAUAGAACACUAG